AUGGCUCCUCAUGUGAUUGAUCUCAUCUCUUCAAGCCCUCCGUUACCAGCCAGUCUUGGGCCUCCAGCAAGAGAAUCAGCAGCACCGGCAGCUUGUUCGUCACCACGGCCUCAUUCACCGCAACUCUUUGUUUCCUCCGAAUUCGACUUUGACUUUGACAUCACCGACAAUGAGUCUGCCCGCCAGGAUACCAGAAACGCAAAGCGGCCACGAAUCUCCAAAUCACCACCUCGUUCACCAUCUCGUCUGCCUUCUAACCCUUCUCGAGCAGCUCCGCCUCCCUUUCUCAGCACCACCAAUAACAGACCGAGCCGAUUGGAAUUCGACCCAAUCGAAUUCACCAGCUCCAUCGACCCAGAUACCCCCAUAGUUCAGCACAACGCCAGCAAUGCCGGAUCACGUUUUACUCAGCCUCAGCCAGCGCAGACAAAUAAGGCACCUCCAGAGAUAUCUUUGAACUCUGAUCCCUUUGCUAGCUCCCCGCCGCCAGCAACUCGUGUUGCGCCUGAAGAACGAGCAAAGAAACGCGAGACAACGACCACCAUAGCUGACGAAUUCUCCGAUCCCUUUGCAAGCUCUCCGCUUCCUCCAGCUCUGCCUCCUCCGCGUGAGCCACACAAACCAAAAGAACAAUCAGAGUCGCUACAUCCGAAGUUAAACAUUGACGAAUUCUCGGAUCCAUUUACCAGCUCACAAGACUUCAACCUCCUUCUACCUAUCAAUGUCUCCACCCCUCGCAGAGCAGCUUCUGUAGAGGUGGUUGACUACGCUCGGAGACAGAAGCACUGGGAUCCGAUUUCAAGUUCUGCUCCAGAGAAAACCCCACGGGUUUCGUCACCGAAGAAGAAGACUACUGCCGGACCAGCUGUCAUUAACAUCGACUCUGAUUCGUCAGGUACAUCCGAGGACGAGUUUCCAGACAUUGCCGAUUUCAACGCCUCUCAUCCCAGGCCCCGUCCUCGCUCUCCCAUUCGCCGCUCUCCUACAAGCACGAUAGCUGCAAGAACAGCAGAGCAGCGAGCCCGUGAUAAAGAGGCUCAAGUAGCUGCAAAAGCCGUCGAGAAAGAGCGAAAACGGCAGGAAAAAGAACAGCUCAAAGAGGCCAAAGCCCUGGAAAAGGAGCGCGCUGCUGCGCUGGCAGAAGUGAACAAAGUUCGCACAGACAAAAAGGUUUCGACGCCGGAGAUGAUUCUCAUCAUGCCAUCAAGCGUAAAUGAAGGACUAAAAGUACAGCUAGAGACGCUAUUGGACGGGUUAAGCGUAGAAUAUACCACCCGGGAGAGUCCCAUUGGCAACGCCUUCAAGUGGGCAAGAAAGGUCCGGAGCCGUUUCGAUGAUGAGAUGGGCCGCUGGGAACCAAUCCCGCUGCAGAUCAAGGCUGAGAAGCACGCAUUAAUCCUGCUCACGGCAGAUGAGUUUGUUGACAUGGCCGUCAACGACUCUGUAGACUCCAACGUCUCUCGGACAAAGAGGCACUUCCCCGGUCACGAAUUGAUUUACCUUCUCGAAGGAAUUAAUCUCUGGAUGAGGAAGAAUCGCAACAUUCGAAAUCGCAGAUUCACAUCUGGCGUGCGCGCACAAGAACAGCCGGAUUCCGAAGCAACAGCAACAGCAGCAUCGACCACAGCCGCUCCCCGUAGACGCCGUAACAACGCUGCUGUCGAGGAGUACAUUUCUGAAGAUAUUGUCGAAGACGCAAUACUGCGGUUACAAGUCGAGCAUGAUGUUUUGAUCCAUCACACGGCAGUGCCGUUGGAAACUGCGCAAUGGAUUGUCGCCUUUACGCAGCACAUAUCGACCAUUCCGUACAAGAAGAUGAGAGACAAGAUGACCUCUGCGGCAGGCUUCUGCAUGGAGAGCGGACAGGUUCGCACUGGCGACGAUGCGCGAUAUACGUACGUUCGCUUGCUUCAGGAGAUUGCGCGCGUCACGGCACCGAUUGCCUACGGAAUCGUCUCGGAGUUUGGUACUGUGAGCGAGCUUGUCAGGGGGCUUGAGCAGGGAGGCCCGUUGAGGUUGGAGAAUGUGCGGAAGAGUGCCAACAAAGACGGUGCGGUUUCGGAUAGAGCGGUGGGACAGGCUGUGAGCAGGAGGAUUCACAAAGUCUUUACGGGGAGGGAUGAGAUGAGUACGGAUGUAUGA